AUGAUGCAAUUGGCACCAUCUGCCCUAAUAGAAAGCUUUCAGUUCUUCACUUUCUCUCUCUAUUCCUUUCCUGCUGCAUUCAAAUUGAACUGUAUUCGAGUGAGUCUGUACAGUGUGAAAAUGGACGCAUUCGAAUUGGACAGUAUGAAGACGGAGAAAGCGAAAGCUAUGUUAAGAUUCAAUUUACUCCAGUUCAUCUGGAAAACUUUUCGAUUAAUCGAACUCUGCCUUGUUGUAAUCCUUCUUUCCUGGACCUCUGCUCGUCUUCCUUUCGCUAUCAGGAUUUCAACAGACUAUUUCCGCCGACUAAUUUCAGUUCUGGUAAGCCCUAUCUUCGUCUUCGUCUUAAGCAACGCCAUUGUCUUCGCGCUUCUCUUUAAAACAGGCCAAAAUCCAACUAUUAACAAUGCCGAACCGGAUCUCUAUCACGAAACCGAAUUAGAUCUGGAUUCGGAUCAACAUCAUCAUCAUCAACAGGAGGAGGAGGAGGAAGAGAAUAUUGUUUAUGAAGAUAAACGAGUGAUAAUAGAGGCGAAAUUAGAAGAAUCCAUCAAGGAAGACAAAAUCGAAAUAGUACAACCAGACGAGAAGACGAUGAUGAUGACGAAGAAGAAACUGUAUAGAAGGACUCAGUCUGAGAAAUUGAUGAAGGAAAAUACUCAGACGACGCCUAAGGAACUACGCAGAUCGGAGACUGAGAUUUACGAACGGAAGAGCGACGUUGAGGCGGCGGCGACGGUUUCUGUGGUGGACGAAUUGAGUAACGAGGAAUUCCAGAAGAAGAUCGAGGCGUUCAUUGCUAAACAGGUCAAAUUUCAUCAAGAAGAGAAAUCAGCUAUCGUAACAUGUUGA